UCACUAUUAAGAAAACAUUGGGUUUUUUGGCUGGUAAAUCCCAAUCUAAAUCGUCAAUGCCACAGCCGCGGAUUGUAUUUUAUCGAUUCAAUAUUCGAACACCAACAAUUAUUAUUACAUACACAUUAAUGAGACAUAGUACUGUUCCCUUAUUAAAAUGGCUGAUACCAAAUGUGAUAACAACAAAAACACAGCAGUGCGGUUUAUGAUAAAUUAUUCCGUUAGAUUUUUAUCAGGCGCUUUAUUUCUUUAUUGUUGUUGGAUUCCAUUUCAAAAUUUGACAGGAUGGUUUUCGUAUCAUGUGAUAUUAUGUACAUUUGGGUAUUUACCACUAAUGGCGGAAGCAAUUAUGAUGUUCGUUGGUGAUGAUAUAUGGAGCAAAAAUAUAAGUCGGAAAGCCAAAUAUGCAAUUCACGGUAUCAUAAUAACAGUAGCAACCGUCGUUACAAUCGUUGGAAACAUUUUGGUGUUUGUUUACAUACAGACUGGUUAUCAUUUAUAUACAGAACAUGGGAUUACAGGUUUAAUAUCCAUGAUUAUUCUCAUCAUUUCGUUGAUUCUUGGUCUAGCUGUCUACUAUCCAAACCAAGCUAAAAACAUAUUGCCUCUACGACCAGUAACUAUUAAACUUUUGCAUAAUGUUUGCGGUCUUCUGGGAUUUGGAUUUGGAAUAAUCAGUUUAUGUUAUGGAUACUUUACCCAUUGGUUUAUUUAUUACAAUGGAGAAGAAUCAAGAUACGCCGCACUAAUUCUUACUAUACUAGUAUCACUGUGGCCGCUACACGGGGCAUUUGUUUCAUUGUAUCAUCAAGUAAAAUCAGUAUUAAAUUCAUAAUAG